CUCAGCAUGGCAAUAAAUAGUGUUCUGGUGGCACUGACUUUUGUAGUCUUGGCCCAAGGAGCGAGUUUGGGUCAGGACGGAAGGCUGCGCUAUGAUAAUUUCUCGGUCUAUAAGGUCAAGUUUGAAACUGCAGAACAGAGAAGUAUCCUAAGAAAACUCGCGGAAGAUCGAGAAAAUUUCAGGUUAUGGCACGAAGCCAAGGAUGAGUUGCACUUGAUGAUAAGUCCGGGCGCUUUUAACGAAUUCGAUACUGAAAUCCAAAGGACCAACGUCAGUGCAAAUCUGUUUAUAAGCAACGUACAGGAGCUAAUCGAUUCAGAGGAAGAGGGCAAUCUAAAGGCCAGUAGGGAUGGAACCUUUGGCUGGAAAAAAUACAACUCCCUGGCGGAAAUUUAUGCAUGGCUAGAUGAGAUUCUGGUUGCUUACCCAGUAAUCACCGAAAGUUUUAUUCUGGGACAAUCGUACGAGGGUCGAACUAUUCGUGGCAUUAAGAUCUCCUACAAGUCGAAUAACCCCGGAGUGUUUAUUGAGUCUAAUAUUCAUGCAAGGGAGUGGAUCACUUCCGCCACAGCCACUUGGUUGAUUAAUGAGUUCCUUACUUCCGAGGACGAUUUUGUAAGGAAUCUCGCUGAAAACCACGAUUGGUACAUAGUGCCUGUGCUCAAUGUAGAUGGGUUUGUUUAUACCCACGAGAAGGACCGUAUGUGGCGCAAGACCCGCCAACCCUCCGAAAUUUCCACCUGCAUUGGCGUGGAUCCCAACCGAAAUUACGACUCCCACUGGAUGGAGAACGAUGGAGCUUCCUCAAAUCCCUGCGCCGAGGAUUACGGUGGACCAAACCCCUUUUCCGAGCCGGAAAUUCAGGCCAUGUCGGAUUAUGUGAGCAGCAUCAAGGGCAAAAUCAAUGUGAUGUUGGCGUUCCACUCGUACAGUCAGCUCCUGCUUUCCCCAUAUGGACACACCAAAGAGGAGUUCCCGCCCAAUUUCGACGAUCUGUUGGCGGUUGCCAAAGCAUUUGGCGAUGCGGUUGAGAGUCUGCCAUAUGGAACUGUCUACAGAUAUGGAUCAUCUGCUGAUAUUCUCUAUCCCGCUUCUGGAGCCACCAACGAUUGGGCGUACAAUGAACAGGGAGUGGAGAUAUCCUACACCAUUGAGUACAGGGACACUGGUCGAUAUGGGUUCAUCCUGCCCCCGGUUCAAAUUAUUCCCAACGCAGAGGAGGCUUUAGUGGGCAUUGCGGCCCUUUUAGAUAAGUGUGAAGAGUUGGGUUAUCUUAGGCUCAAAACCACGCAGUAAAUGCUGGAAACCCCAAUGUGCAAUAAAUCAAUAAAGAUUAGCUGCAGAUAA